CGGCGGGGGCGGCGCUGAGAGCAUCACCGGUCGGGCGGAAGGCUGGGGUGGAGCGUUAGACUGAAGCAGCCGGGGAAGGAACGCGGCGAAGCCGGAGGAGCGAGGCGCUGCUGCUCCCUGGCCCCAAGCAGGCCGAGAGGCUUUAUGGGUGUUCUGAGGAUGUCCCUGACACUCCUGGAGAUCCACUGCGCCUGACCCGCGAGGAACACGUGGUAAGGUGUGACUGGUCAAAGGACAGGCCGCAGUAUCGUGGGCUGGAGGCUCUGACUCAACUUGGCAGAUGGGCCGACUGAUUCUUUCUUCAGGGCUUAAGGGUCUGUACGUGGUUCUACCCGCCCUGCGACGGUCCUGAGGAGAUUGUGCCAGGGAGAGUGUCAUGCACAUCAGUCUUCCAGGGGUGGAGGUCUCAUCUGGAUUGGCCCCUUCCAGCCUACAGAAGCUUGGAAUGUUUAGGGUAUUUUUGUUGUACGUUUAACUUCGGGUGUGAAGACUGGGAACGUGUCUGAGUAGGCAUUAUUAUCCCUGAAAACCGGUCAGAAUGGGAGACCAGGCCCCACCCACACUCAUGCAGCUGGCAAGACAGAGGCUGCUGAGGGAGGAGAACUUGAUCAUUUCUACUCUGGAGGAGCUGCCCAUGGGGCUGCUCCCGGCGAUGUUUGAGGAGGCCUUCACUGACAGACGCAUAAACAUCCUGAGGGCCAUGGUGUCUGCCUGGCCAUUCCCAUGCCUUCCUGCGGGAACCCUGAUAAAGGACCCCCACCUGGAGAUUUUGAAAGCUCUGCUUGCUGGACUAGAUGUGCUGAUUACAGAGAAGGUUCAUCCAAGGAGGUCGAAACUCAGAGUGCUUGAUUUGACGAAUGUGCACCAGGACUUCUGGAGCAUUAGGGCUGAAACCCAGGAAGGUGACGGCUCACCACAAGCCAAGAGGCAGAAGCAACCAGUGGAGGAGAUCUGCCCUAAUUCUGGGGUGAAGAAACGUUUUAAGGUGGUAACUGAUCUUGAGCUCAUAAAGGCCAGGUUCAAUAAAUGUGAAACGUACCUGUUACAGUGGGCCCAGCAGCGCAAAGGUUCCAUUCAUCUAUGCUGUAGAAAGCUGAAGAUUUGGGAUUCACCUGUCUUCGCUGCGUUACAGAUCUUCAAAAAUAUAGAUCUGGACUGUAUCCUGGAGCUGCAGCUGAGUCAAUGGUCACUUGAAUUCAUGGCACAGCUUUUUCCUUACCUGGAGCAGAUGAGAAAUCUUCACACACUUGUGCUAGAGGGGAUUCCGAAGCCCUUCAGAUUUGCUGCUUCUGCAGAGCAGGGAUGGAUAAGCAUGUUGCUUUCUCAGAUCUCCAAGCUCCCGUGUCUCCAGAAUCUCUAUGUAUACAAUAUCUACUUUUUAACAGGCUGCCUUGAAGAGUGGCUCAGAUGCCUGAAGACCCCCUUGAAGACCCUGUCAAUCACUGACUGCCGGCUCUCCCAGUCAGACUUGGAUUACCUGAGCCAGUGCCUGAACAUCCGUGAGCUCAAGCAUCUGAACCUGAGUGGUGUAGUGCUGUCUGAUUCAUGCCCUAAGCUUCUUGGGGUUCUCCUUGCAAGAAUCUCAAGUACCCUGCAAACCCUGGAAUUGGAGGAGUGCGAGAUGAGGGACUCUCAUUUCAUUGCUAUCUUGCCUGCCCUGAGCCAAUGCUUCCAGCUUACCAAGGUCAAUUUCUAUCAUAAUAAUAUCUCUCUGCUUGUCCUGAAGAACCUUCUACGUCACACAGCCAAGCUGACCAAGCUGACCCAGGAGCUGUACCCCGCCCCUCUGGAGUGCUAUGAGGAAUUGAGAAUACUUAGAAACAAAUUCAAGCUGCUUUGUCCCGAGCUGCUGGAUAUACUCAGGGCCAAAAGGCAGCCCAAGAAAGUCUCCUUUUCUACAAGAACCUGCUUGGACUGUUUUCACUCCUGUUUCUUUGACCUGGAGGCCAGACUUUGCCUUUGUCCGUAAGUAGGAUAAGGUUGCUUCUGGUACUAAAUAUGGAAGCCUAGUAUUGGGAGUGUAUGUACACUGUGCAUCCUCGAUUGCAUAUAAUAAAUGUGCUGAGUUUUGGGGGGUUAAAAAAAAAAAAAAAAAAAAAAAGAAGUUUAACUUUGUGGUCCUGGCCUGCAACAUGGCUCAACAGGAGUUCAAUCCCUGGGACCCUUGUGGUGGAACGAGAGAACCAUCUCUCAAUUUUCCUUUGACUUCCAAACACAUACACACAACAAUAUAAAUAAAUGUAACGAAAUAGAAUUUAAAAAUUUUGCUUCCAAAAGAAAAGAGAAAUCUUGCUGCCAUUUUGGGAUAGUUGGGUAAAAUCUAGCUGCCUCUUGAUUAGUGGUUUUUAGUUUCAUCAUAGUUAUGCCAUCUGUGGAAUGUGCUCUCCAAGUGAUUCUACUUCUGUGGUUGACCAAUGUCUGCCACAAAGAAAACUUGGAAAAAUAUUGUUGUUCUAGAACAUGGGAUUGAAUUUCUUACUCUUCAACUCAACAGUUUCUCAGGAUAAAAGAGGAUGUCUCCAUGACUGUUUCUUUUAUCUUUGUUCUGACUGUCAACAAUCAACCUUUAAAAACAAAAGUUGAUAUCUGGAAAUCUUUCAUAUAUGUGUGUAUGUAGUGGGUAGCUGUUCCAGCUUUGACCUGGAAGUACUACCCCCAGUGAGGCUUCCAGUAAUUGUCACGCCUACCUAUGACCUGCCCCUGAGACGGGGCUGAGAGGGAGCCCUUAAGACCUGAGAUCCAGAUAUGCUAGCUCUCUUGGUUCCUGGUGAUCCUGGAUGCUGGAUGUAGACCAAGCAGAGUUCUCCAGAGAACACCACUGGACUGCACUUCACCUCUCCCGGAUCCUAUAACCUAUUCCUUUACUUGUUAUAAGUUACCCCAAAAUAAACCUCCCUUUUAACUAUGUGGAGUUGCCUCAAUAAAUCCUCCAAUAUGUGUAUAUGCACACAAAGUACAUGCAAAUUAAAAAAAAUUUAUGUGUAUGAGUGCCUGUACCCAUGUACCCUCAGAGACUAGAGGAGGAUGCUGGAUCCCCUGGUACUGGGGUUACAGAUGGUUCUGAGCUGCCACGUGGGUGCUGGGAGUUAAACUGGGGUUCUCUGCAAGAGCAGCAAGCAUGCUUCCCUGAUGAGCUAUUUCUCCAGCCCCACAAAGAAUUAUUGUAAAGCAUGUAUUCGAAAUAAAUACUUAAAAAAGG